AUGCUCUAUUCAACCUCUAAUUUGGAUAAAGAAAACUCCAAUCCCUACAUUUUUGAGGAAGUGAAAACGCCAGUUGGCAAAAAAUCAUUGAACAAUGAUAAUAAAAACACAUUUCUAUUGGCAAAUACAAAACCCUGGGCAAAUAAACAUUUGCCAUUCCCAAAAGAUUAUAAGUUCGAGCCAUUAAGAAGUGACGAUGUGUGGAUUCUUGGACACCCGAAAUCCGGCAGCACAUGGACAGAGAAUAUUGUUUGGCAGUUGAAGAAUGGUUUUGAUUUUUCGGAAGAACCGCUUGCAUUGAAGACUAGUCCUAUUCUAGAACGUGAAACGAAGCCACUGGUUGAUAAUAUUGAGGCUGGAAAUAAAGAUGUUGAAUUUUUGAAUAAUGCACUGUCACCGCGAGUGAUUCUAUCACAUUUACCACCAAAUCUAUUGCCGAUAGAAUUAUGGACGAUUCGACCGAAAAUCAUUUACAGUGCACGAACCAUGGAAGAAUAUUUCGAUAUAUUCUUGGAUAAUAGAACUAUAUAUGCACCAUUUCAUGUCCAUAUUCUUGCAAAUUGGCAACUUCGUAAUUUGGAUCAUUUUCUGUUUUUAAACUAUGAGGAACAAUUGACCGAUCAAUUUGGUGCAGUUCAAAGAAAUGCCAAAUUUCUAGAAUGCACGUACGGAGAAGAUGAAUUGAAACAGCUCAUGGAAUAUAGCUCGAUCGAGAAUAUGCGGAAACUUUAUAACAAACCAUUGAAUGGAUUUCAAUUCUUUCGAAACGGAAAGGCUGGUGAAUUCGCUGAUGUAAUGAGUGAGGAAUACAUCAAGAAAUUUGAUGAGUGGACAGCUGCACAUUUAAAAGGCUCGGACUUCAAAUUCGCCAUCUGA